AUGUCAGGACAUCACUUACUAAACGCUUCUGGUGUAUUUUCCGCUGCAGGCCCAGACAGGGCGACAACAAAUAUCAAAAUCUGCGAGCUCAAAGCGGGCAGAACUUUACUCAAACACACUUCACCAGAGAUUCCAAAAUUCCAGUACAACCCUUUUGAUCUUGAGGAGAAUCCCUCUGUGUUGAUCCAUGAAACCAAGCAGCUGAAAGUCUCACUCGUGCUCGACUCAGACACUUUUUACUUCCAAAACAUGGAUACAGAGUCACUAUUAAAAGUGUCAUGCAAUGACGGCAACACCACUCCCAAACGACAACGGUCUUCCACUAAUCUUGUAUGCGGGACACUGCGAUUGACGGUCAAAGGUCUCAAAGAGGUGCCACUGAAGAACGUUCAGGUACGACUCAGCGGAUAUUCGCAUGAGUGUGGGUACGAAAUACAAGAUAACGUAGUAAGGAUUGUCAAUCGAUCCGAAUCAAGCACUGGUCCGUCAUUUAAAAUUCCCUUCAUACAGGACGUGGUAGUAUUCAAUACUCAUGAACACAAUCAUGGCGAUCACUUAGAAAUUCUUCCUCCAGGUUCGUAUGAAUAUCGAUUCGAAUUUCCACUCGAACCAGGUUUGUUUCCAGGAUCUUUAAAGUCUCAUCGCGGCUCAGUAAGUUAUAGAGUUGAGUCUUUCAUCACCGUUUUGAGACCCAAAUCCAAGUUCGAAACCAUACUUCUGAGCUCAAUUGUUUCACUCAAAAACACUGUUCCCAUUGAUCGCUACGCGCUCUUACAAACACACUCUGCAUUUGGACGUUGGAGGAACGGAUUAGUUGAGUAUGAUAUAUUUCUAGGCUCACGUCUUUUGAAAGCCAGUGCUUCUUUUCAGGUGUCGAUAGACUUAAGCCGAAGACUCGAUAUCUGCGCAAUUGAUUCCGUGUGUGUGAGUCUCCACCAGACCAUGACUAUUCCAUGCUAUGAUCGCGAAAGCAGAAGAACGAAUGGGGAGUGUUAUGAUGAAUCGACUUCUUGGUGUCUGCGAGAGCACCCGGUCAGUGAAGACAAUCAAACAUUUUUCAACUUAGUCUUCAAUGACUUGACUAUACCACCAUUUUCGAAAAAGGCUUAUAGCGACAAAAGAUUCUUUCCAUCGUACAUUGAAUUUGGAUCUUGUUUACUUGGAACCGACGAGAACACGAUUAAGCUCAAAAUCUCACACACCAUCAAUAUCACAAUUCGGGCAAGGAUAAAGCUUGGGAAAGGCUCGAGUAGCUCAGAGUGCUACCAAAUAAAACUCAAAUUUCCUGUCAUAAUUGCGGAGCACGACUCUAAUUUCUACACUGAUCUGCCGAGAUAUCAGUCCCGAGUGGAAUCUGCUGCUGCUGCUGCUCCUCAACGCAACCUCAGUGUACUCACACCACCCAAGUAUAGCGAAACAAUUGAUGAAAUGCAAACUUCUUGA